CCCCGAGGCGGCGGCCGGGGCGGGGCGGGAGCGGCGGUGCCGCCCUCUCCGUGCCUGCCCCUCGCCGCGGUCCGUGGUCGCCGCCGCAGCCGCCCGGUGAUGGGCGUGAGGAGCGGCCGGCCCGGGCGGCGGCGGGUGGCCGGAGGCGCUGCGGGAAGGAGGCGAGCGGGCUGCGGUGGCGACCAGCCGUUGAGGGAAGCCCGGCGUGGGCUCCCGCUCGCCGGCAGCGGGGCAGGGAAAAGGGGAGAGUGCUGGCGUGCGGGAGUAGUGAGGGGCUGAGCCCCUGUCCCGGGCAUGGCGGAGACCCUGAGCCCCUGCACCCCACGGGGACAGUGUCAGGCCAACACCUCCUCAGCCAACGUGGAUGCCAACGCCUCCUCGGCUGCCUCCGAGCUGGUGGGCAGCAGCGCCUGGAGGGGCCGUGAGCCCUUCUCCAUCUUCACCAUCCUCAUCCUCACCCUGCUGGUGCUCCUGACGGUGGCCACCUUCCUCUGGAACCUGCUGGUGCUGGCGACCAUCCUGAGAGUGAAGGCUUUCCACCGGGUGCCCCACAACCUCGUGGCCUCCACGGCGGUGUCGGAUGUGCUGGUGGCAGCCCUGGUGAUGCCGCUGAGCUUGGUGAAGGAGCUGUCAGCUGGGCGGCGUUGGCGGCUGGGCCGGGAGCUGUGCCUCGUCUGGGUCUGCUUCGACGUGCUGUGCUGCACGGCCAGCAUCUGGAACGUCACCGCCAUCGCCCUGGAUCGCUACUGGUCCAUCACCCGCCACCUGGAGUACACCUUGCUCACCCGCCGCCGCAUCUCCAACGUCAUGAUCGCUCUCACCUGGGCGCUCUCCGCCGCCAUUUCUCUCGCCCCCCUCUUUGGCUGGGGGGAGACCUACAGCCCGGAGCAGGAGCGCUGCCAGGUCAGCCAGGAGCCCUCCUACACCAUUGUCUCCACCGGUGGGGCUUUCUACCUGCCCCUCUGCGUGGUGCUCUUCGUCUACUGGAAGAUCUACAAGGCGGCCAAGUUCCGCGUUGGGGGCCGCAGGAGGAACGCCGUGGUGCCCCUGCCCGAGGCUGCCCAGGUGAAGGAAGCUUCGCAUGAACCACAGAUGGUGUUUACAGCUCGUCAUGCAGCUAUCACUUUCCAGACAGAUGGAGAAACAUGGAGAGAACAGAAAGAGAAAAAGGCAGCUCUGAUGGUUGGCAUCUUAAUUGGAGUUUUUGUACUGUGCUGGAUCCCUUUCUUCAUCACAGAAUUAAUAAGUCCUCUCUGUUCCUGCAACAUCCCACCCAUCUGGAAAAGCAUCUUUCUUUGGCUUGGCUACUCCAACUCUUUCUUCAAUCCUCUCAUAUAUACAGCAUUUAACAAAAAUUACAACAAUGCCUUCAAGAACCUUUUUGUAAAGCAAAGAUAAAAGGGGACACAGAGGAGAAAAUCAUUCGGAGAUUUCUUGAGGGAAAUGUGCCUGUGGUAUGUACAGUUUUCAUGUGCUCGAGUUACUAUAAGAGGAUUUAGGAGCAGUGAAGAAGAUGGAAGAUGUUUGAAUAUAAACCUACUGACAGUUUACAGUUCCUCCUUGGAAAUACCUAUAUGAUGCUCCAGGGUGGGGCAAAGAAGGUCGAAGCAGUGAAUACCUCCUGCCUGCUCUUCGGAUCAACACGUGUUAAGGUCUGGAAGCAAAGCACUGUGUGUGUCUAAUACUGUGACUGUCAAAUCUAUCCGGACUGAUCUCAUCUAACCAGCUACAGGUGCCGUUCUGUAGCUCGCUCGUCAUUAGCAAAGGCACUGGGGGGAACUGCUAAUUGAGCAAUACUGAAAUGUUUGUGAUAUGGGCAGGCUGCUGGCUUCAUUUUUGAGAUCUAUUUGGAGAGGAGGGAAUAAACAUGCUGUAUUCAAUCAGUUGUUCCAUUGAUAUGAAAUUAAAAUGGAUGACUAAGCAGCUCA